GAGUUAUCACAACCUUAAUUGGAAGGCACUAGCUGAAGCUACCCACCCUUGUUUCCAAUCAUUCGGCUUUUCCAAGAUCCCCAAAGUAAAAGCAUUGGGAAUGGCCUCAGGCUUAUCUACCAGGUUUUCUUACCAGAGACUGAAGCAUGAAGAAGGAGCCCAUGAUGAGCAUGAAGCCGAUUGGUUUCCAGGGAGAUCAAGGCCAUGGCCGAGGCUCAGAAGCGUAUCAGUUAAGAUCAAGAGAUUCAGAGUUAAGGUUCCAAGCCUGAGGAGGUAUUUGAGGAGGAAACUGAGGGUUGCUAGGGUUUCGUUUGGGAAGCUGGUGAAGAGGUUGAAGGAGAGUCAAGCUCAUUUCGGUGAUCUUUUCGCUGGGAAUUACAUGUUCAUUCAAGUGAACCCAUCAACCAUGAAAGGUUGCUUAGGGAAACCUUGUGAGGGGUUUGCUCUAACAACCUUGCCUCCUUCUAGGUAUUCCCUCUCUGGAGUUGCUUGAUGUUUUAGGGUUUGAUCUGUGUUACUAUUUAAGAUUCAAGUAUACACAAAGGGAUUUGUGGGAAAAAUAUGAAAUUUUUU